AUAUAUAUAUACAUAUACAUAUAGAUACUUUCAGGCAUUGAUAGGUGUAAAUAUACACACUGAAUCGAUCGAGUAUAUACACAAAAAGUAUACAUGGGAGAAGUGGAGCAACGUGUGCAGAUGCAGGAGGUAGAUGCGAAGUUGCAGCAGCACAUUACGUUUGCAGAAGAUGCGUUGAAGAAAAGGAAGCGUUUUUUAUCGAAGCAGUUAUCGCUGUGUGAGGCGCCGCGAGACAUUGCAUGGGAGAGGAAGAAGAAGCAAGAGGGGAAGACGAGACCGAGAACAAGGAGGAACAGUUUUCACCACUGCGACGACGUCACCGACGAGGACCUUCACGAGCUCAAAGGCUGCAUAGAAUUAGGGUUCGGUUUCAACGAGGAAGACGGCCAGACACUGUGCGACACCUUGCCUGCUCUCGAUCUCUACUUCGCCGUCAACCGCCAGAUGUCACCGGUCUCCACCCCUAACGCCCGCGCCUCUUCUUCCUUUGGCAGCUCCAUCAACGCUACACCACCACCAUCUGACUCUGAUUCUUGGAAGAUUUGUAACCCAGGGGACGACCCUGAACAUGUAAAGACGAAGUUAAGGCAUUGGGCUCAGGCUGUAGCUUGUUCUGUAAUGCAGUUUCAUUGA